UGUCCUGGCUGGCAGCUGAAAAAGGAUCCAAGGUUCAACGCAAAAUCACCAAUGAAGGCGAUACAAACAGUAGAAUGACAUGUCUGUUAAAGUCAUUUCCUCCAGAGUUUUGUCUUCAUUGUUAAACACUGCUAAUAAAACAAGUAUCGUCGCUUCCUGUGAACCUCGGCUUCAUGCAGCUGCGCGGGGACGGAGCUCCACACGGGGCUACUACAACACCGCGAAGCCCCGGUGUCCCGGGCCGGCAGAGGCGUCAAACGUCCGGUUGGUGGACCUCCGCAGUGACACGGUGACCAUGCCCGGACUUACCAUGCGCCGGGCCAUGAUGGAGGCCGAGGUCGGUGAUGACGUAAUGGGAGAAGACCCUACUGUUAAUGAUCUACAAAAGAUAGCAGCUGAUAUGUUUGGAAUGGAGACGGCGCUGUUUGUCCCCACAGGAACCAUGAGUAACCUCAUUGCAGUGAUGGUGCACUGCCGGGAGCGCGGCGACGAGAUGAUUGUGGGCGAUUUGUCCCAUUUACACAUCUAUGAACAAGGAGGAAGUGCACAGCUGGCUGGUGUCCAUGCCACCACGGUGACCACCCUACCUGAUGGAACAUUUGACUUGGAUCAGCUGGAAUCAAAGAUUCGUCACGGUUACCCUGAUGCUCACUACCCACGCUCUCGCCUUAUCUGUGUGGAGAACACACAGAACAUACAGGGAGGGCGUGUGCUCCCUCUGACCUUCCUACAGGAGGUCCGUGCUUUAGCAGAUAGAUAUGGUCUGUCCGUUCACAUGGAUGGAGCCAGGGUGAUGAACGCUGCUGUGGCCCAGGGGGUGACUCCAUCCACCAUACUGCAGCACACACACUCUGUCAGUGUGUGCCUCUCUAAGGGUCUGGGAGCCCCUGUCGGCACCAUACUGGCCGGAACCCGGGACUUCAUAGCCCGAGCGCUGCGGUGUCGUAAAGCCCUGGGUGGGGGGAUGCGGCAGGCUGGUGUACUCGCAGCAGCCGGAAAAGUGGCUUUACUGGAUAAUGUGGUGCGACUGGAGGAGGAUCAUCGCAAUGCAAAAACCUUUGCUGAAGCUCUGCUCGACUCUGACCCUCACCUAUUUGCUGUAGACAUAUCUGCUGUGGAGACAAACAUCUUGCGAUUUUAUCUAAAGGAGCACUCUUGGAGUCCCCCCGAGUUCUGUGCCCUUAUGGGACAGGUUUGCGAGGGAGAGGAGGCUGCACUGGGACAGGGGAUUAAAGUUCUCAUGUAUCCUCAUUUUGCAAAUUCAGUGAGGGCCGUGUGGCAUCUUGGGAUAUCACCUGAAGACACAAAGCUGGCCAUACAGAAAAUGCAAUUUGUUGCUUCUCAGCACUUGAAAGAGAAACACCCUGGGAAGCCUGAUGUCUGAUUAUUAGAACUGAUCAUAGAACUUUAUCACAGAUUACAAUGGAAUAAAUCACUUUGUAUCAUGAGGAGCAAUGCUAUAUAUUUAUUUAUGUGUUUCUAAUUCCUUUGCAUUAAAUUUACUGAACCAC